AUGAUGACAGACGCAAACAAACCAGGAGUGGAAAAGGUGUGCUGUGCGUUGACGCAGAACAGCUGGCUUAGCCAGCCCUUGACGCAGAUUCGAGCCCAUGAAGAUCUUGGCAUCGAAGAUGUCAAGUUGCUGAGCCCAGGGAACGCCUUUAUGGUGAAGGGCUGGAAUAGAAGCGUAUGCUGUUUGACGGUCUGCUAUGCAGCUUACCAGAAUCCUCAUCUGCUGCAGGCCAGGAGCUUCAGCACGAUCUAUGGCACUGCUGUGAACUCAGAGCUCAGCACCGCUGUCAGCACAAACAGAGGAGUCACGUUGGGCUCCUCUGUGAGGAGGAAGCCUAAUGCGUUUAAUCUGGUCCACCAGCUGGAAAUGAUGAUUCGCGGUGGCAUGUCGCGAGAACAAGUUCUUGGAAGUCUCGAGGAAUGUGGCGCAGCUGUGAACCUGCUUCAGAGGAUUCCUUCUGAAAUCAAGCAGGUGUUGACGCUAUUGGUGCAGAAAUACACGCAACCGCGAUUCCUGAAUCAUGAGACCCUGAGUGCCAACUUGCUGAAUGGUGGAUUUUGUUCGGCGACUGGAAUUCUAGCACCGUGGAAACAGCAGCUGACAAACUCACCUGCAUUGUUGCGAAUCUUGGUCGUGCGCUUGGAGAAGGACUGGCUGGCAAUUGCACCCAAGAACCGCCGGCCUUGGAACUUGAAAGAUGUGGACUCUAGGUUCGAGUUGCGUCAUGGAGACGCAGAUCUUACACAGUUGCUGGAGGGAUCAGUACCACCAGCAGAUUUGCAAAGGGUCUCCAUCUUUUCUUCGCAUAUUCAGAAGUACUAUGCUCAGGGAGCGCUGGACUUCAAGCACAUCAAUGACCGUUUUCAAAAAGGUAAGGAGUGGUGCAGUGACUUUCUGGAACGGAAGCAUCAACUGAUUCAUGUCAAUUCGCUGGUGUUAGCGCACAGCACCAUCGUAUCAGCCCAAGCGGAGAUGGGACCCGACGGGCUCACAAUCCUUGUGGUCGAUGCAACGCUGUGGCCCACACGUCAGAUAUCAAUUGACGAGGCCAUUCAACUCUGUGCGUCGGUGAGCUCUGGAAACACCAGCUCAGUUGCCUUCUUUUGCAUGCCCCAAUGUAUGGCUGCCAUUUGUGCCUCGUCGAACUCGGCCUUCACGAAGUCCAAAGCUCUCCUGGGAAGCAUUUGCGACAUCGAACGAAGCAGAGUUGGAGAACUCCAGAAUCCGGAUCCCGAGAGAUCGCUAGCGCCACAUUGGCGUGUCCAACAGAGAGGCAUCAGUGCAACUUCUGGCAUCAUCAAGCACUUGCUUGAAGGUGUUUCGAGCAAUGCACAGCAGCCGGUGCUGGUGUGUGACCUCUUGCCCAACAGGUUCAGUGAGUGGUCCUUGGCGACGUGGGACUUGCAAUCAGCUUUCCUGAUGGAAACGAAUCGGGAAUUGGAUCUGCGCUUCUUGGGGGUGUAUCACUCCGACAAUGCUGAUGAGCUAAGUGCUGCCAAUGAAGUGCUGAUGGGUCGGCUCAUCGCCGACUAUUGGGAUGGAUGUGACAAAGCAGGUCCCAAGACCAGAGAAGCCAGUGGCUUUUCCGAGGCUUUUCCAACUUUGCAGAGCUUGGUUGUCAAUGAAGGUGAAAUCAAGCUUCCAGAAUUGCUGCAGCAGAAGUACUCGCAACAAGCUGGUUUGAAAGAGUUCUUAGAGAAGAUCUCUGCGGAUGCUGACAUGGCUGCAGCUCUGAGGUCCUACCAUGCAGCCAGCAAUCGAAGCAGUCCUGGAAAGCCAGUUGCAGCCGCCACCACCAUGACCAGGACGCUCGCGUCGCCUGAGUGGACAGGCGAUGCACCGCUGAAUUUCCGCAAGCCGCUCAACUUGGAUGAGGUUUCCAUGAGGGUGAAGAUUUGCAUCACCAGUGGCAACCACUUGUGGCUUAUCAAUAAAAGUGGGAAUGGCUCUGUCGUUGAGGUUCCACCAGGUGAGCUCUUUGGCUUCAAUGUUGGCCAAUUCCAAGAAGUACCGCUAGGCAGCGCUGAUCCCUCGGAUGCGCACCUUGGCUGGGUCAUGAACCAAGACAACUCCUUGGUGGCCAUGGCGGAUACCAAAGAGAUCAAAUCUCUUGCCGAGAUCAUGUGUGACGUUGCCAAGCAUCAGGGCGUAACCGAGAUCAGAAUUAUUGACCACAGUGUGCAGCCUAAGGCUGGACCUGAUGGGAGGGCUUUGGCCUAUCGCUACAACAUCUCACCUAUGGGCAGUGUAAAUGCAUACAGGCCCAAGGAGGUUGGAAGUGAUGUCGACCGGAUGAGCAUGCGGUCCGUGCAACUGGGCGCUACGUUCAAUGCCAAAUACUCCCAGUUGCCGAAAUGCCAGCUGUGCAAUUUGAUGUGGGAGGUCAAGGUGGAUGCAUCAGUACCCGCCGUGCUGAAGCCCAUCAAGCCAAAAUUCUAUUUGUUGGGUGUGAUCACCAUCAAAGAUGGAUACGCAGUCAAACUGAAGUGA